AUGGCUUCGAUCCUUCCGCCGGAGCUGGACAACGACUCAAUGGCGUCAUCGCCGAGAUCGGAGUACGAUAAUCAGCCACGUGUACGGUUCAUGUGCACUUUUGGAGGAAGGAUCCUGCCUCGUCCUCCCGAUAACCAGCUAUGUUACGUCGGCGGCGACAAUCGUAUGGUCGCCGUUCAUCGCCACACUACUUUCGCCUCUCUCCUCAGUAAACUCGCUAAACUCUCCGGUAAAAGCAACAUUAGCGUGAAGUACCAGCUACCAAACGAAGAUCUUGACGCGUUGAUCUCCGUAUCAACGGACGAAGAUGUAGAGAACAUGAUGGACGAAUACGACCGCAUCGCACAGAAUCAAAACCCACGCUCCUCUCGUCUCCGCCUCUUCCUCUUCACCAAAAACAUCGCCGGAGAAGAUGAUAACGAUAGUCGAGCCAGCAGCAUCAGCUCUCUUCUCGAUAGCUCCGUCAACCGAGAGCAAUGGUUCCUCGACGCUCUCAAUCUCGGCUCCUCCGCCGCAGCAGCCGCAUCUAACGGCGGUUCCGGAAGAGGAAUCGACCGCGUCAGAUCUGAAGUCUCCUCGAUCGUCUCCGAAGUUCCUGAUUACCUCUUCGGAUUGGAUAACUUCGACGAGACUGCUCCGCCGCACGAGCUUCGUGAUCGUGACCCCAGAGCUAAGAUCCGACGAGAAGUCUCGACGCUCUCGGAUCCUGGUUCGCCUCGUCGCGAUAUUCCUUCGCCGUAUGGUUCUACCUCCUCCGCUCCGGUGAUGCGGUCACCUACACCGGAACUACCACCAGUUCAAAUUAAACCGGAAAGUCCAGAACCGGUUUCGACUCCAAAAGCCGAUCCUCAGCCGGAGCAAGUAAUUCAACAGACUAAUCAUCCGGUUAACUCGCAAUGGCAAUACUCCCCUGGUCCACAGGUUCAUUACCAGUCACCGGUUUAUUACGUUCCUGGUUCAGUUCAACCGGGAAAUCAUAUGGUUCAACAAGGCAAUCAUAUGGUUCAACAGGGUAAUCAUAUGGUUCAACCGGUUCAAAUGCCGGGUCAGUAUAUCCCACAAUACCAUCAUGUACCAAUGGGAUACCAUCACCAACCUCAGCAUCACCAGAUUCCUGGUCCCGUUCCGGGUCAAGUAUAUGGUGGAGCGGUUAGGCCGGUUAUGAUGGCAGUUGAUGGAGUUAACCGGACAGCUUAUUACGGUAUGAAAACACCCGGUCAAGUUCAGAUGUAUCAUCAACACCCUGGUAUGGUUGUUCCUGGUGUAGAAGAACAGUACAGACCCGAACCAGAUUCGGAUCCGGGUCGGGCUUCUUAG